GGCGGAAGGGAACCCCCGUCCUCUUCCGCCCCGCCCCUCCCGCUCCUUCCCCGUUUCCUGGGGUGCCCGGCGCGGUGCCGGAGCAGCGGAGAGGGUGCCCGGGAUGUCGUCGUCGUCGGGGAUGGAGGGUCCGCAGCUGGUGGUGCACGUACAGCAGACGCUGAACUACACCCUCUUCGACUGCAAGUGGGUGCCCCGCAGCGCUCGCCUCCUCUGCCUGGGCAGCGCCGCCCGCAGCACCGGUGUCCUGCAGCUGUACGAGCUGCGGGGGGGGCGUCUGGAGCUGCUGCGGGAGCUUGAAAAGGCUAAACCUAUAAAAUGUGGAACUUUUGGUGCUACAUCUCUGCAGCAAAGAUACCUGGCUACAGGAGAUUUUGGUGGAAACCUUAACAUAUGGAAUUUAGAAGCUCCUGAAAUACCAGUGUAUUCUGUGAAAGGUCAUAAGGAAAUCAUAAACAGUAUAGAUGGUGUAGGUGGCUUAGGAAUUGGGGAAGGUGCACCAGAAAUUGUGACUGGCAGUCGAGAUGGCACUGUGAAGGUAUGGGACCCAAGACAAAAAGAUACUCCUGUCGCUAAUAUGGAACCUGUACAGGGGGAGAGCAAAAGAGAUUGCUGGACAGUAGCAUUUGGCAAUGCUUACAAUCAAGAGGAACGUGUUGUAUGUGCUGGAUAUGAUAAUGGGGACAUUAAAUUGUUUGACUUAAAAACCAUGUCACUACGAUGGGAGACAAACAUUAAGAAUGGGGUUUGCAGUGUGGAGUUUGACAGAAAAGAUGUAAAUAUGAACAAGCUAGUGGCCACAUCUCUUGAGGGAAAAUUCCAUGUUUUCGAUAUGAGAACUCAGCAUCCAACCAAAGGUUUUGCUUCUGUUUCAGAGAAGGUGCAAAAAUCUACCAUAUGGCAAGUUCGGCACCUACCACAGAACAGAGAUAUAUUUAUGACAAGUGGAGGAGCUGGGAGCCUUCAUCUCUGGAAAUAUGAGUACCCAGCUCAGCGCUCAAAGAAGGAUUCUGAAGGAGCCGAGAUGGGGGUGGCAGGUUCUGUCAGCCUCUUGCAGAAUGUGACUCUGUCAACACAGCCAAUUUCCAGCCUAGACUGGAGCCCUGACAAAAAGGGACUGUGUGUUUGUGGUGCCUUUGACCAAACUGUGAGGGUUCUUAUAGUUACCAGGCUUAACAGAAUUUGACAGGAAAACUAGAAUUUCUGAUAAGAAAGCAGUAUGGUUUGCUGUAGUCUGUAAAUACAGGAGGUAGAGUCCUCCUGUUUCUAACAAUUCCUCCGUUAUUAAAACUGGAUUAAAGAAAUAGAAACCAGAUCUUUCUAUUGAAAGUUUAGAUACAAUGCAGUUAGAGAUGUUCAACUGAUUAUGCCGCAAUGACUUGAAGUUGCCUGGGCACAAAACUCCUACGUUUUAGAAAUGUGAAAUUACAUUUAAAAUAAAAUGUGCCUUUGUGUAACCUGUAAUUUUAGAAGUCACUUUUAAAUUGCUUGUGUUCAGUUGAAUCACAAUGCAGAUCUGUUCACACUUGUUAAAUGGUUUGGUGUUUUUUUAUGUAGUAUCAUCUGUAUGCAUUCAUGUGAUGGAAAAUACCAUAUAUUCCCUCACAGAAACUCUUUGAGUUACUGACUAUAUUAAGUAGAAUGCUUGUUGAAGUGACUUAGGAUUCUCUAACACAGUAUAGAGACUAUAAUGAAUGCUGAAAUAUUCAGGUUUAAUGGAGUAAGUUUUUUAUUGAAAUUAAUCUGUGGAGCAAAAUGCACUAUUUUAUGACUUCAGUUGGGUCUCAUAACAAGUUUUUAUGUUCUGUUGGUUUUAUAUCUGUUUGUAACUUUGUAUUCUACAAAUAAAAUUAUUUGGGAGUGUUACCUUAAUACAAAGCAUAUUAUUUAAACAUCCAGAGAUAACAGAGCAUGAAUGUAGUUGUAUAUGUUUACAAGAACAGUGUGCAGUAUGUAGGUAAAAGUUAAUAAAUCUUGCAGCAAAAGUCACAAAACUUAAAUCUACUGUGGCAAAACCUUAUAAGGUAGCCAAAGUACUGUCUUCUUUUUUUCUUUUGUCUUUUUAAUUUUUUUUUAUUAAAAACAAACAAACAAACAUUGUAUAAAGGUCUUUUCCAACCCAAACCAUUCUAUGAUUCAGUAUUUCUUCAAAACCUGAAGUGACAAGACAGCUUAGUGUCUGGUAAACUGUGAUACUUUGUUACUGUAAUUUCACCUGAACUUCUCUUUGCAUUUCGCCUGAUUUCCAAUGUGAUUUCUCUUCUGAUUUUACCACUGCCCCUUCUUUUUAACAGGGACAUCCAGUUACUGUCCUCUAUCUGCAGAGGUGUAUGGUGGGGGCUUUCUUAAUUUCAGUAAGCUCUAAUGAAUUAAUUUGCCUGUGGUUAGCUUUCAGCUGACUGGUUUUUUGCAUAUGCAAGUUUCAAAUAAAAGCAUUUUUCUGAAAC